AUGCUUUGUCGGGCUCUGAUUCAACGGGCAAGGAUUGCUCGGCGCCAGAACCUCGAAUUCUCCACCUCGGCGACUACUAGAGCUGGCCAUAACAAAUGGUCCAAAAUCAAAGACAAGAAAGGCGCCAAUGACACCCAGAAGAGCGUGCUGUACGGCCGGGCAAUCCGGGAUAUCAUCGUAGCAGCUAAAACCGGCGGUUCUCCCGACCCGAGCCAGAAUGCUCAGCUGGCAGCAGUGCUGAAGAACUACAAGGAGCAGGGCGUUCCGAAGGAUAAUUUGGAGAAGGCACUUGCAAAAGCCGGUGCCGGGAAGGAAAAGGGUGGCGGGGAGAGCGUCACAUACGAAGCCAUGGCGUUUGGCUCCGUUGGAGUUGUAAUAGAAUGCCUCACGGACAACUCGACCCGUACCGUCCACAAUAUCCGACACGCCCUCUCGCGACACGAUGCCCGACUUGCCCCCGUCAAGUUCAUGUUCGAGAGGAAAGGAUGCGUCAAAGCCUCCCUGGAUAAAUCCUUGGCAAACCACGAGAAGCUCGCCGAAGAUCUCAUCGAGGCUGCAUUGCUCGCUGACGCAGAGGACUUCGACCAAGAAGUCGACGAGGAACAGAACGCAUUGCUGAUCAAGUUUAUAUCUGCUCCGGAAGCUCUGGCGAAGGUCACGGAUGCUGUCUCCUCGUUCAACCCCGCGUCAAUACAAUUGCAAUCCAGCGAACUCAUUUAUAGACCGACGGAAGCUAGCGAACCUUCAGAAGAACUGGAGGCGAAAGUAUCAGGUCUCAUUGAAGAACUUGAGCGUGACGAGGAUACGCUACGCGUUUGGACGAGCGUGGACUCGCCUUGA